ACUCCGGAACGCCCAUGUAAGGUAUCUUACUUUGUUGUUAUAAAUCAUCCCAACCUUCUACGCCCAAUCCCUCCCUCCAACGCAACCACAGAUUGACACAUCAGCCACCAUGGCCAUCAUCCACUGCGCCUACUCGGAACCCAUCAACCCGCCGGGUGCAUCUCCCGUCCUCACUCGCGCGCAAAUCUGGAAGGGGCUGCAGCGGAAGGUGCGCCGGGCGCAGGACUUUGUCCCCGUCAUCAAGGGUACCGAUGUCAUCGAGGACAAGGAAAAUGAGGUGACGCGCGAUGCGCACUUUGGCGCGUACAUGGGGAAGGAGGCUAGGACUAUGAGGGAGGUUUGCAAGUUGUAUCCUCCUACCAAGGUCGACUUUAUCCAGACGGACGGUGCUGUCAUCACGAACACCAUUUCUGAUGGUCCGGGUCUGACGGAGCAUGAUUAUCAUAUGACUUAUACGUUCGAAUGGAGACGACCAGACAUUGAGGCUGGAAGCGAAGAGGAAAAGAAGGUGUUCCAGGAGUACGUCAAAAGCUCGCAGACUGCCGUUCACUCGUCCAUUGAAGCCAUGCGGAAGAUGGCGCAGGCCGGCGAGCUGGACUGACAUUGCUGCUGCUGAAAUCUGUCUGGAUUCGGGCAGCGAUAGCUCCAUCCAGUGCGAAGGAACGUUGUAGAGCGAGCGAGCCACCUCGACUGCUCGUCCAUGGCUGUGGCUAACAUAGAUAGAACCAUCAAACACCGGCCUGCAGGCCAGAAUCACAAGGAUUUAGCCAAAAUCGCCACACGUGAAGAUCAGCAUCGUAGUUUCGGUACAUCUGACAACGUACCUUCCCACGCAUGCUUAGCCAAUGAACGUGCGCCAUUGCUCCUGCCACUUCUGAAUUUCGACGGGAGGGGGGACGAUACUUCUUGCCCAAAAUUUC